CCCGAUGGCACCCGUCCCACCGAGGAGCUGCUGGGUCUGGCCCGGGACUUCAUCACCCAGUACUACCUGGGCAUCCGCAGGGAGAACUCCCCAGCGCACGCCCAGCGGCUGCGGGAGGUGGAAGCCGCCAUCGGGGCCACCGGCACCUACGAGCUGCUGGAGCCCGAGCUUGUCUUCGGGGCCAAGCAGGCCUGGCGCAACGCCGCACGCUGCGUGGGCCGCAUCCCGUGGAACAAGCUGCAGGAGGUGGCCCUGCGUAUGGGGCUGGACACGCGGACGACCUCGUCCCUCUGGAAGGACAAGGCAGCGGUGGAGGUGAACAUCGCUGUGCUGCACAGCUACCAGGUGGCCAAGGUGACGAUCGUGGACCACCACGCGGCCACUGAGUCCUUCGUGAAGCACAUGGAGAAUGAGCUACGGACACGGGGGGGGGGGCGGGUCUGGAUCGUGCCCCCCAUCUCGGGCAGCCUCACCCCCGUCUUCCACCAGGAGAUGGUCAACUACCAGCUCUGUCCCACAUUCCGUUACCAGCCCGACGCCUGGAAGGUCUAUGUCUCCAAAGGCACCACCGUCACCAGGAGAAAGACCUUCAAGGAGGUGCUGUGCAUGGACGAGUACGAUGUGGUGUCCCUGGAGCACGAGACCCUGGUGCUGGUGGUGACCAGCACCUUCGGCAACGGGGACCCCCCCGAGUGCGCAGAGAGCUUCUCCAAGGCACUGAUGGAGAUGACCUCGCCCUACACCAGCACCUCCCAGGCUGAGCCGCCCAAGAGCUACAAGCUUCGGUUCAACAGCGUCUCACAGUCAGACCAGCUCGUCGCCUCCUGGAAGAAGAAGCGGCGGCAGCUGAGCAACACCAGCAGUGCUGGCACACUGGGUGCCCUGCGCCUCCAGCCGCGCUACUACUCCAUCAGCUCCGCGCCCGGCCCCAGCCCCGGGGAGAUCCACCUCACCGUGGCCGUCGUCACCUACCACAGCGAGAGUGAGCGGGGAGGGGGGUGGGAGGCGCAGGAGCAGGGGGCCCUCAGCCAGGUCCUCACCGCCUUCUCCCGCGAGCCGGGGACCCCCAAGACCUACGUGCAGGACGUGCUGCGGACGCAGCUGGCUGCGGAGGGGGGCCAGGUGCUGUGCAGAGUGUACGUCUGCGGGGACGUGACAAUGGCCACCGAGGUGCUGCAGACGGUGCAGCACAUCCUGGUGCAGCAGGCCGGCAUGACGCUGGGCCAGGCGGGGGACUUCAUCAGCGAGCUGCGGGACAAGAACCGCUACCACGAGGACAUCUUCGGUCUCACCUUCCGAACGCAGGAGGUGGCCUUCCGCAUCCGCAGCCAGUCCUUCUCCAUGCAGGAGCGCCGGCAGCCGGGCCCGGCCCCCUGAGCGUGCCGGGGCAGGAAGGGCCCCCGCGGAUGCUCCCCCUGCCCCGCUGCAGGCAGCGCCGCCUCCCCAGUAAAGGUUUAGUUUUGAUAACCCCG